AUGUGUUUAGCUUUGCCAAAGGGUGCUGAAACAUGGUACAUGAACUUAACAGCUGAAGUGAAAAAUGACUUUGAAAAGUUAAAACAGGCCUUUACCAGAAGAUAUGCUAAUUUGGACAGUAGAACAAGUCUGUACACUAGAUACAUAAAUUCAAAGCAGGGGAGUAGAACAGUACAGGAUUAUGUAGAAUCGGUAACUAGUCUGGGACGUGAUCUGGGAAAGAGUGAAAGUGACAUAUUAGACAAGGUUAUUCAUGGUUUACGAAUGGACAUACAAAAGUUUGUGGUUUUGAAGGAAGUUAAAACAUUGGAUGAGUUGCUGAAAAGUGCUAAGAUGUCAGAAAGUUCUGAAAAUGAGGAUAAAACACUAAGAGACAGUGACCAGGCAAAUCAUAACGUGCGAGUAAAUAGAACCAGAGAGAGCAGACAGCCAUAUAGAAGGGACAAUCAGAACCCACAGUACAGGAGAAGAUUCCAUGAGCGAGAGAAGCUAGACAGACAGAAGUGCAGACACUGUGGUAGGUGUGGUCAUUUGUCUUUGAGGUGUAGGUUCAAAAAUGCCAGAUGUUACAAAUGCAAUCAAAUUGGUCAUAUUGCUAGGGCUCAUUCUGCUUUUGAUAGAUAG